GAAUCCUUGGCCAUGAGGCGGCAGGUGGAGAGCGUAGGGGAAGGAGUGGAAGAGAUGAAGGCAGGAGAUCAUGUGCUCCCUAUUUUCACAGGAGAGUGUGGAGAUUGCAGAGUCUGCAAGCAAGACGAAGCCAAUCUGUGCGAGAGAUUCCGAGUAGAUCCGAUGAAGAAGGUGAUGGUAAUUGAUGGAAAGACCAAAUUCUUCACAAGCAAAGACAACAAACCCAUCUACCAUUUUCUCAACACAUCCACCUUCUCCGAGUACACGGUCAUAGACUCGGCUUGCGUGCUCAAGGUGAACCCUCUGUUUCCUCUGGAGAAGAUAAGCCUCCUCAGCUGCGGUGUCUCCACUGGAGUCGGUGCGGCAUGGAAUGUGGCUGAUAUUCAACCUGGCUCCACCGUCGCUAUAUUUGGACUUGGCGCUGUUGGACUUGCCGUGGCUGAAGGUGCAAGAGUCAGGGGAGCCUCUAAAAUCAUUGGGAUCGACGUCAACCCUGACAAGUUCCCAUUAGGCAGAGAAGCAGGGAUCAGUGAAUUCAUAAAUCCAAAGGAGAGUGACAAGGCAGUUCAUGAGAGAGUAAGGGAGAUAACAGAGGGAGGAGUGGAGUGCAGCUUUGAGUGUGCGGGAAGCAUAGAAGCACUUAGAGAAGCCUUUCUGUCUACUAACUCAGGAGUGGGAGUGACAGUGUUGCUGGGCGUUCACGCAAGCCCACAACUUCUUCCUAUCCAUCCCAUGGAGCUCUUCCAAGGCAGAUCCAUCACCGCCUCUGUUUUCGGAGGCUUCAAACCCAAAACCCAAUUACCCUUUCUCAUCACCCAAUGCCUCCAAGGUCUUCUCAAUCUCGAUCUCUUCAUCUCUCACCAGCUUCCAUUCCACGAUAUCAACAAAGCCAUGCAGCUGCUUCACCAAGGCAAAGCUAUUCGUUGCCUUCUCCGCCUCUGAAUAGAAACAUCCUUUUCAUUUUCCAAGUCUGUGUGAUUAUUGUACUGCUUUCAGAGUUUCCUUAUUGGGUCUGGUCCACCCCCCAUACUAAAAUAAAAGUUGGAAAUGUUUUCAAGGCCUCA